AUUAGUGGAAUUAAUUGAUCGGAGUAAUGUAUCCACAAGCAAUGUAACAUCACAGAUGUACAGAGUCAGGUUUCCAUUGUUUAAACCAUUGCCAACUGUGCGACUCAUAAAGGUGAACUCCCAAAGCAUCUGUUCAGGACCAAUGGUUAGUGGUCCUGUGGUAACAGACAUUCGACUGGAGCAUAGCUUGUGGCCUCUUGGUUUGAAUAACGCCACGGAGCAUAUCACGUUCCCUCAGGAGAAUAUCACUCCUACACCAUACAACUUAGAACCGAAUGAGCAGUGUGGCCAGGCAAUAGAGCCCAACCCUCUGGUGGUUGGAGGCCGUUCGUUAAGACACGGAGAAUGGCCCUGGCUGGUGGCCAUCUUUGUACUAAACUCUCUCGGCUUGGAGUUUCAUUGUAGCGGAACGAUCAUCACCAAGAAAUUUGUUUUGACUGUCGGUCACUGCAUGAGGCACGAGGAGGCUGGGACAAUGGACCCUGUAGAUGUUGUGGUGUAUCUUGGAAAAUACAACCUUCAACAAUGGGAGGAAUCUCACUCUGUCAUUAAAGAGGUAGUUGAAAUCCACAUUCAUCCAGAUUUUGAUUCAAACAAGUAUACAGCUGAUAUUGCCUUGCUCCAGCUGAAAACACCAGUGACUUACAACAUGUUCAUUCAGCCAGUGUGUCUGUGGAGUCAGCCCCCGGACCUGGAACUUAUCGUAGGACAUAUUGGUACUGUUGUAGGUUGGGGAAGAGAUGGCAAAGGAAAUAAGAUGUCCCCGAUUCCACGAGUUAUGGAGAUACCAAUAGUUUCUACGGAGGAAUGUGUUCAAAGUCACAAUGAGUUUGUCUUUCUCACUUCAUCUUCAACUCUCUGUGCUGGAGCUAAAGAUGGUAGAGGGCCUUGUAAUGGUGACAGUGGAGGUGGGCUCAUGCUGCCAGUCAAAUGGAAGAGUACUACACGGUGGGAACUGCGAGGAAUUGUCAGUCUAUCUCUUCUCAACACAACAACCCAGUCUUGUGAUCUCACACAAUACGUUGUCUUCACAGAUACUGCUAAAUUUCUGAGUUGGAUUUACUCUAUUGUUAACAAAACUCCUUAGACCUUUACUUUUUCAAUAAUU